UAAACCAAAAUGAGGGCUUACUCUACGUUUAAGAAUAGAAAGAAAAGUAACAACUGUCAAUCACGGGUAAAUAUGAAAAUAGGUGUCUCAAUCGAGUCUCAGUCAAUCUUAUUUAUAAUAUUUUUUUCCUAAAUGUGAAUACAUCGAAGAAACAUAACAGCCAUCGGACACAUCCUUUGCAACGAACGACUACUUCCUGCUCGAGAUGCGUUUAUUCUACGUUUAUCCAAAUUGCAGUGAAGCAUAAUUUAAAAUGGAUUCUGGGACAGAUUGGCUCUGUGAGAUUCUGCAGAAUGUUCAACUUGAACAGUUUUAUUUACCCAUCAGAGAUCAGUUGCAGAUAACAAGACUAGCACAUUUUGACUAUGUGCAUGCUGAGGACCUUGAAAAGCUGGGCAUCAGUAAGCCUGGGGUGCGCAGGUUAUUUGAUGCUGUCAGGAAAAAGAAAUUACAACUAUGGAACAGAAAGUUUUGGAACAAACUAUUUGGUUCAUCAUCGAGCUCAGUUUCUAAGGAGAAAACUGAUGUAGCAGUAAGGACAUCACAAGCAGACUCGAGAACAACUUGUAUUAUACUUGAGAAGGACAUUAUAUUGCACAGUGAGAUUGGUAAUGGGUCAUUUGGUGUUGUAAAGCGAGGAGAAUGGAGGGUGUCUGAACAUCCAUCACAAACAGUUCCUGUAGCAGUUAAGGUGUUAAAGGCAGAUGCGUUCUCACAACCAGGAGUUUAUGAUGACUUUAGGAGGGAGGUAGAGGCUAUGCACAGUUUGAAACAUCCCAAUCUCAUCAAACUCCAUGGUGUAGUCUUCCAUCCGUUGAUGAUGGUGUGUGAGCUGGCAGCUAUGGGCUCUCUACUAGAUUAUAUUGUUGCACAGAACGGCAAAGUGUCCCUGAACUACAUCUACAAAUGGUCAGAACAAGUUGCAUCAGGAAUGGCGCAUUUGGAAAAGCACAGGUUCUUGCACAGGGAUCUUGCUUGCAGGAAUAUUUUAUUGUCCAGUGUGGAUUUGGUGAAAAUAGGUGACUUUGGUCUAAUGCGUGCACUACCGGACGCGGACGAUUGCUACGUGAUGAGUGAGGGUCGGCGCGUGCCGUUCCCGUGGUGCGCGCCGGAGUCGCUGCGCAGUCGACAGUUCUCACACGCCUCCGAUGUCUGGAUGUUCGCGGUCGCUCUCUGGGAAAUGUACACCUUCGGCGAGGAACCUUGGAUAGGUUUGAACGGGUCGGAGAUACUGCGGCUAAUAAUGCGUGAAGGACAAAGGUUGUCGGCUCCGAAUGCCUGUCCGCCGGACGUGUACAUGCUGAUGAUGCAGUGCUGGGACCUCAACCCCAAGGAGCGGCCGACCUUCGCCGGCAUCCAGCGGUACAUCGAGACCAACAAGUUCGAAACUGCUAUUGCUGCCCUCAGCUACCGGCGACCGGGCAAGAUGACCAUCGACGCUGGUGACGCGAUCAUACUGAUAGACAAGCGACCCGAGCUACAUUGGUGGAAGGGACAGAACCAACGCACUUUGGAAGUAGGACUCUUUCCCAGCACAUUAGUAACGGUUGGAGUGAAGAGCGGUAAAAACAAUCAGGCAGUUAAGAAAUCGCAGACGUUGACACCUAGAGCCCAAGGGACAUCGAUAGCCUCAUCAUCGAACGGCGUGUCGGACGACAUGGCGGUGAUACUACGCAAGCGUCGCACGAUAGAGUCGACGCAGCCGUCGACGACGCGCGGCGGGAACACGGGCAACAAACAGUUCAACUACAACAAACUCACCAACGACCGCGUCGCCACGCUCGCGCAGGAACGAGCCUCCAGGCAGACUAGGGACGCACAUUCCAAGAGUCUCAAUCAAGUAAAAGAGGACAUAUUGAUCGACUUGGACCUCCCACCCUCGACUCACCUGAGCACGCCCACUAAGAAGUCCAGCCCCACUAGUCCCAAUGUUGUCUCUAUUCUUGACGAGCCCAUAGAUGUACCUGAAAUUGGACUCGACAGUGACUGGGGCGAGCAGAGCAUAGAAAGCUUACCCAGUGUCUCUGCUUCGUACAAUGUACAGAACUACGCCAUCUAUGGUGCCAAGUCUCUAGACAACUUGUCGACCCCUCUACAACUGAGUACACCACAACCAACCCCACAACCAGAUCCAUUCGACACAUCACAAGUCUGGCCCUCCAAUGCAACUAGACCUAACUAUGAUUAUACUGGAACUAACAUAAGUGAUAUAUGCAAACAGAUAGAAGAAUCUCUCAGAUACUCAAGUAACGACCACACGGCGUCUUCCAGCGAAGCUUCACAUAUCUACAACAACUUGCCUUCUACUAGCACUACUAGCAGAACUAGAGCCGCCGCGGGUGCUAACAACACGUAUGGUAACACUCCGUCACCGUACGCCAUGAACAACGCUCUCUCAUUAGAACGUAACAACAUCUCGCCCAGUGUGGCAACCUCACUGGCAAACAUGUCGCUAGAUGACAGAAUCUCAGAAUCUCUUAACCUUAGAUAUAAAUGCAACAACACUGAUUAUCCGUACAGCGAUAACAUGUAUAACGCGCCGUCUACUUCAGCCGCAGCCAGCAAAGUCUCUGGAGAUAAGAAUUACGGCGACAUUCCUAUCUACAACAACGACGACAUUACACCGGUGCAGCAACAAUUUAUAUUGGAAACUAAAGACUACUACACCAAGCUAUCGACCACAUCGAAAAUGAACAAUAGCGAUGAAAAGAACAUUUAUGUGCCGAAGUACGAAGAGGACGGCGAGAAGUUGGAGAACUUUAGCGACUGCGUUGAGAAUUCUAAGAAUUACUCCGCGUACAAGUACCAGAAUGUGGACUAUCAGUAUUCGAAUUACGACAGCUUCCGAGGCAGCCUGGCGUCGACGUCGCGCGCGCCCGCCGCCGCGCUGUACGACGAGGUCAACGACACCGCCAGCAACCUGUACAGCGAGAUCGGCGAGCCGGCCGCCGGCGGCCCGUACAGCGCGGCCGUGUACUCCAACUGCAACCUGUACGACGAGGUGUACGAGGCCGCCGCGCCGCGCCCGCACCGCCCCGCGCCGCCCUGCCCCACCAAACCGAAAUAAUCACACGUCACAUAUCUCAUUAGUGCCCCAUAAAUCAGUCUACUAAAAUGUUGCAAAGUAUACUAAUUUUAAGUUACCAAGCGAUGAGAUAUUAUCUGUGUGCCUUUUAAUUCUCGAAACAGAAAGAUGACUGAUUGAAAGGUUGACAUUUCAUAAGACGUUUGUGCUCAAUCGAGCAUUCAUUGCACAGCACAUCGUUUGUUAGACAUGGUCUACAUAGAGACUUAGGUAAAGCUAUUGUAAAUAAUAUCGUAAUCUUCUGAAAUGUCAAUUUACAUAAGACUGACAGCAUUUUAAAGUCGCAGGAAAGAGAAUCGUAUGACGAUCUGUCCCUCCUAACCUUAUUCUAAUUUUAUUCUAGUAUAGUUUGUACGUUAUUUUGUUGAUCCUAAAUCUAUUCCAUUACGUUAACACAAUGUGUUCUAACUGGCCUCUAGAACUAUCGACCCCAGCAUGCAACAUUACUAAAUACUUAUACUAUAACUGAUAUUAAUGUUACUGCAUACUUCAUGUAAUUCGAAUGUCGACGUAGCAAACUGUAAAUAAGAAUUUGUCUAUAUAAUCUCAAAGUGUAUAUUACGGAGUGUUAUUUUUGGAACGGUGACUAUAUUUUGGAUACUAUUGUAUGAGGAACAGACAAUAGAAAGUAUUAUAUUAUUAUAAUAUAGUCAAUUGGCGUCUAUUUGUACGUAGAUAAUGUGCUCGUUGUGAAAAUGGCGAUGAUCAUUCCCCGUGUUGGCAUCUCAAAAGGUAGCUUUAUUGACCAGUGAAAUAUUGGUUAAUUAAUAGUAGUAAUUGUAUUCUUAUUAAUAAUUAUUAAAUUGUUCACCAGUUGUAUACCAGAGCAGGAUUGUUUUUAUUAAUCUAUGAGGAGUGUUUGUAUGAGUACCUUCUCAGAUACUCACACGUUCUAUAAAAAGAUAUUUAAAUCUAUAGUAUUUCUGCAAGUUAUCAAAAAAUGCAUGAUAUUUGAGCUGAUUAGCAGCUGAUAUUGACAGCUUAUUUGUUAAACUCGAAGUUAUCUCGAAAUAAGUGUGAAACUCAAUGUUUACAAGUUUUAUUACUCACUAUUUUUUACUCAUUUUUAUUAGUUUUUAUCAUUACUACUGUUUUUGAACAUUAAUUCAGUGAAUACUUUGCUAAAUAUCUAUCUCUUCUGCUUCUAAUGUGAAAUUCUGAACUUUACAAUGAAACAGUGAUAUCAAAUUGUGUUUAAGAAGUAGUUAACUAACAACAUCAUUGAUAGUUUCUACAUUAAUUUUAAAAGAACUCUUCAAUCGGAUUCUAUUGAUCAAGCAGUUUGUAAAUACUUCUAUACAUAUAUAACUGAGUAAGUGUUCACAAGGCAGUGUAUAAACGUGCUAUUUAUUUAGUUAGGCGAUACUCGGACAACAUCACACGGUGCCUCACCAAUAAGUACCUGCUAGUUUAGUUAUUUUGACGAAAGCUAAGUUACUGCGUCACUGGCACGUUUUAAGUCAUUUUUGUAAUUAUUUAUUAAUAUUAUUUGUAGUGAUCUAAGCUUGCCUCGAAUUGCCGGAUCGAUGGGCCUCCCUAGCAUAAUUUGCAAGUGUAAUGUUGUUUAUGAGAUGUCAUGAAUGUCAGAAAGCUUGAUAUUAGGUAAACUUAUAAAAUAAAUAAUCCUAGAAGAAAUGUAUGACGUAAGUUAUGUUGUGUAUAUGUUAUUUGUCUACGGCGAUGAGCCAGUCUAACUCGACGUACGACGUUGAUAUACUCAAUGGCAAACAAUUAGUGAAUAUUAAAUUUUAUUGUCAGUAGAUCCGGUGUAACUAAUUAUUCGUUGUUGAUUAAAAUGUAGAUUUAAGCGUAAACGACUAAGGCAAGUUUUACCUAAAGUAUUUUUCUAUUUCACGUAUUAAUUGGCGUUUAACAUUUAAAUUAAACGGUUCCCUGUAUUGUGUGUACAUUUUACGUGAACAAGACAUUGAUGUGUAAAACCCAAAAUUUUAGUUUGGAUGGAAACAGUCGUGGUUGGCCCGAUUUAGACAUUUUUAUAUUUUUAACCGACCUGAAAAAGUAUAAUCUCAGUUUCACCUGUAUGUAUGUUUGAGCGCGAUUAUCUCGCGUUUGGUUGAACCAAUUUUGAUGCAGUUUUCAGCACCUUUUUUAGAUUUCAGGGCUAUGAAAGAAAAUGCUAUGAUGAAGGCGGUUCCCUUUUUUAAGACAAUGUUUUUAUUCAUAUUGUACUUUAACUGCAUUUGUAAAUUAUUGAAUACAGAUUUUAUAGUAAUCACAUUUUUUAUGACACUAAAGUACACCAUGACUAUGUAUUUCAUGAUAAAGGUGCACUACAAGUUGAAAUACUAAUUCAAAGACACAAUCCACAGAAAAUAUAGAAGUAAGCGAUGGACGAUAAAAUCACGACUGUCGAUAAAUGUUCUAAUGUCUCUCGAUGUACUAAUACUGUAGGUAAUGUAAACAUAAUGUUAUCUAUCCGUCUUGCGAGAGUUUGGAGUCUGUAUAAAUAAAUGUACAGUUCUUGUAAAUAUGCUUCAACAUCUAAGGCUGCUUGGAUGAAACUAAUAAAACGUCUGUUAGCAUCACAAA